CGGAAGUGUGAGAGGGCGGCGGCAGCGGCGGGGAACUAUUGCCGGGAGCGCGGAGGAAGAAGAAGACGACGGAGAGGAGUCAGCGUGGCGGCCGGAGCCCCGCGAGCCGAUCCUUCUGGAAGCAUUCGAAAGGGCAAUGCUUUCCCGAUUUAAGUGGCUCAACCUUCUACUGCUGGCUGCUGGAUGACUUCUGUACAUGCUGCAGACAACAAACUUGCAAGCAGAGUAAGGGGAACAAGUGCAGGAAAUUUUGCAAUUAUUUUAUUCUGCCAUGCCAUUACCUUUUGGACUAAAAUUAAAGCGAACUCGAAGGUAUACGGUCUCAAGCAAGAGCUGUUUGGUUGCCCGGAUCCAUCUGUUGGAUAAUGGAUUUCUGGAAUUCACUCUUUCUGUGGAAAGUACGGGUCAAGAAUGCUUGGAAGCUGUUGCACAAAGGUUAGAGCUGAGAGAGAUUACAUAUUUCAGUUUAUGGUACUACAAUAAACAGAACCAAUCUCGCUGGGUGGAUCUGGAAAAACCCAUUAAAAAACAGCUGGAUAAGUAUUCUAUAGAACCUACAGUUUAUUUUGGUGUGGUAUUGUACGUGCCAAACGCUACACAACUUCAGCAGGAAAUUACAAAAUACCAAUAUUAUCUUCAGCUGAAGAAAGAUAUCUUAGAAGGUCGUAUUCCUUGCACAUUAGAAGAAGGAAUUCAGCUUGCUGGUCUAGCUGCUCAGGCUGAUUUUGGAGAUUUUGAUCAGUAUGAAUCCCAAGAUUUUCUUUACAAAUGUGAUCUAUUUCCAGUUAAUUGGAUUCAAGAUGAGCGGAUGCUUCAAGAAGCAACACAGAAGGUUGCUUUGCUUCACCAGAAAUUCAGGGGUUUUAUGUCCUCUGAAGCAGAGUUGUUAUAUUUGCAGGAGGUAAUGAAGAUGGAAGGCUAUGGCCAUGAAAGCUACACAGCCAAGGACAGUCAGGGAAAUGAUCUACUUAUUGGUGCUUGUUUGGAAGGCAUUUUUGUAAAGCACAAAAAUGGCAGAUCUCCUGUUUUCAAGUGGAAUGACAUUUCUAACAUGUCUCACAAUAAAUCCUUCUUUGCAUUAGAGCUGACAAACAAGGAGGAGACAAUCCAGUUCCAGACGGAAGAUAUGGAAACAUCUAAAUAUAUAUGGAGAAUGUGUGUUGUACGACAAAAGUUUUACAGGCUUAAUCAGAACUGCAGUUUACAAUCUCAGACUGUGUCAUUAAGUCCAGUCCGGAGGCGGACAUUGUCUAGGAUGUCUUUGCCUAAACCUCAGCAUUAUUUGAUGCCUCCACCCCAGCUUCAUUACAAUGGACACUACACAGAGCCAUAUAAAUCAUCCCAAGACAAUCUCUACAUGAACAAUCAGAAUGGCUGUUUCUGUCGCUCUCAGACGAGUUUGGACAGGGCUCCACAUGAAUAUAAUGGUCGAAUGAGGAAUGGCAGCGUAUAUAGUGCGCAUAGCACAAACUCUUUAAAUAACAUGCAGCACUUUAUGCAGGCAUCUCCUAUGUCUUCAAAUCCUAGUAUUACUGGAAGUGAUGUGGUGAGACCUGAUUAUAUCCCAACAAAUAGGCAUAGUGCCAUUAUACCACCUUCCUACAGGCCAACUCCAGAUUAUGAGACCGUUAUGAGGCAGCUCAAUCGUGGCGUAAUGCACAAUGAAAAGCAGAGUCAUUCUAUGCGAAAUCUCAACAUAGGAAGUUCCUACGCUUACAGCAGACCAGAUCCACUUGUGUACAGUCAGCCAGAAAUCAGAGAGCAUGCUCUUCUUGGCUCCCACAAUCAAAAUCCAUACCCUUUCCAUUUGAAUUACAGUUUUCAUAGCCAGUCACCAUAUCUAAAUUCAGUGGAGCGACGCCCUGUCGUUGGGGCAGUUAGUGUGCCAGAACUGACUAAUGCUCAACUGCAUGCUCAGGACUACAGUGCAGCGAAUAUACUUAGAACUCAAGUAUACAGGCCCCCACCACCCUACCCUCAUCCAAGACCUGCAAACAGUACACCCGACCUUUCCAGACACCUGUAUGUCAGCAGCAGCAAUCCAGAUUUGAUAACCAGGCGUGUCCAUCACUCUGUGCAGACAUUCCAGGAGGAUAGCUUGCCUGUGGCACAUUCGCUCCAAGAGGUGAGCGAACCCCUGACUUCGGCAAGGCUGCAAGGCAACCUGCAUAAACGCAACAGCAUCGAGAUUGCAGGGUUGAUGCACCACUUUGAAAGUAUGAGAAUAAAAGAGAGGACCAGGUCAACAUCGGGUGUUGAGACGAAGGAAACCUCUGCAAAUUCACAACCUACUGUUUACUUUGAACGAACAAAACCAGGAGAACCUGAAGUUCAUGAAGCCAAAAGCUUCAGCCAUGGGAGAUCUCUUUCAGAUGCAACUAUGCUGAUUCACAGCAGUGAGGAGGAAGAGGAGUAUGAUGCAGAAUAUAUUGAGCCAGCUCUCCCUGUUGACCGUAAUGCUGAGUUGCCAGCUAUGUUAAACCAGUUCUCCAAUGAAGUACUGCCUAGUUAUCCGUACAGUCCUACCGCUGCACUGGCCAGGCAGCACAGUUUAGAAAAACGAGUACGGGAAAGGGAGGCAACGGAAGCAAUACCGUUUUUUGUUCCAGCAAUGUCUGAGCCCAGUCUGAAUACCAGCAAAACAAAUAGAUGGGAUUCCUCCAAGAAAAGGACCAUGUCUGAAGGACUGAAUGGAAAACAAAACGCUGUGGAAGCUCUUCCACUGCUUCGAGAUACAAAAAAAGGAACCCAGGUAUCAGAUGUUAGGAAAAUUGGCCCAUUAAAGAUGGCUGAACUGAAUGGAUUAACACCAUUUCAAAAGCCAUUACCUGAUGACCGUAAGGAUGAACCUGCUAAAGCCUCAUUUGAUGAAAGGUGCAAAAUCUUGGAACAACGUGUGGAACAGAAAAUGGUGUUUACAGAGUAUGAAAGAGUUCCGAAAAGAAGUGCGCAUGCAGAGUGUACCAUAGCCCAGCUGCCGGAAAACGCAGAAAGAAAUAGAUUCCCAGAUGUUAUUCCUUAUGAUGACACUAGAGUGGAGCUGGUUCCUACAAAAGAAAACAAUACUGGAUAUAUAAAUGCAUCCAACAUAAAGAUAACUGUUGGGGACAAGGAAUGGAAUUACAUUGCCACACAGGGACCACUGCAGAAUACGUGCCAUGAUUUUUGGCAAAUGGUGUGGGAACAGGGAGUUGCCAUCAUUGCCAUGGUUAACAUGGAAGAGGAAGGAGGGAGAGAGAAAAGUUUUCGGUACUGGCCACGAUUAGGCUCCAGGAACAACUCUGUCACAUAUGGAAGAUUUAAAAUAACCAUUCGAUUUCGCACAGACUCGGGCUGCUAUGCAACAACAGGCCUAAAAAUCAAACAUUUGUUGAGCGGACAAGAGCGAACGGUGUGGCACUUGCAGUACACAGACUGGCCAGAAAAUGGCUGCCCAGAAGACAUCAAAGGAUUCCGGUCUUAUUUGGAUGAAAUCGAGUCAGUGCGUCGUCACACUAACAGUACAACGGACACUAAGGGCCCGGAGUCCCCUGUGCUCGUACACUGCAGUGCUGGCGUUGGAAGAACUGGUGUUGUCAUUCUGGCAGAAGUUAUGAUUGGCUGCCUAGAACACAAUGCGGUGCUGGAUAUCACCACUGUGUUGAACAUACUCCGAAAGCAAAGGAUGUUGAUGGUGCAAACAAUUGCACAGUACACGUUUGUCUACAAAGUGCUUAUUCAUUUCCUGAGAAGCUCGAGACUCAUUUAAUCCCGAGUCCUUGAAUGUGUGUUGCGAAUAAAAUAGUUGGUUGUAGAUUAGUUUCAAAUGAAGUAAAAACUCUCCCCUCCUACUGGGUAGUGGUAGAAAAAUACAUCCACAGAAUGGUUAUUUAGAAGUCAACAUUUUAAACUCCAUUAUAAAAUUGUAGCAAGUAUUUUGAGAAAUAUUUUUCAAAUACAUAUAUUCAUGUGUUCUGUUACCUUUGAUACAAAAACCUACAUUGGCAAAUGUUUGGAAAAGUAGGGAUUAAACAAUGUCAGGUGGGGAAUAUUUAUGAAGUGAAUGUUUUAUUCUACGAAGUGAAGGCUUUGUUUUGUAAGUCUUUCUAUGUAAUUAGUAUAGGUUAUAGAUUAGUGGAUAGAGUAGCUGAUAAAAUAUAUAAAAGUAAAUAAAUUCAUGCUCUGUGAACUAACAGGCCAUUAUAGUUUUAUCAAGUUUUAGUGUGCACAUACUUUAGUUUCCUGGAAGUGAUUGUUGGGUAUAACAGGGAAUGUUAGUUUGGAAUAAAGUGCAGUGACAGGAUAUGAUGUGAGAAAAGAAUGAGUGAAUGUGAAUUGCUGCUUUUUAAAAAGUAAGUUGAACUGAUUCAAAUGGAGGAAAUAAUGGUUUGAGUUGGGAUUUUACCUUUCUAGGGCUGGUCACAGAAUGUGUAAAAUGUUCCAUUAGGUAUAUUACGUUUCAAGGGUUACAAAAGGGAUGAAUAUAAAGAUUGUGAGUUCCACUUUUUACUAAGUGAGGUGGAAUGAUUCAGUUUAAAAAGUAAAUCCUAUUUAUGUUUUGAAUAGACAGUUUGUUCAGAUAGGCUUACAAAUUCAAUAGAAUCUGUGGUUUUAUGUAAUUCAUUGAAUUACAUAAUCUUUUACCCAUUUUAACAGCUGUAUUCGCCAUUAACACAUUUUCUAUUUUAACAAUGCAGCAUUUGCCUUGCAUAUUUAAAUCUUUUAGCUCAUAUGAAAGUUGGGUUCAAGUCUGCAAAAUAUUUUAAUAUUAUACCCAUUUGAUAGUUAGGUACUUUGCACACAACUGGCUUUUGUGUGAAAUUUUCAUUGUAAAACUGAAGUAAACAACUUCAUUAUGAAUUUAAACUCCGGGAGGUGUGGUGCAUCGUGAGACUGCUGCUAAAUAGUAAGUUUACAAAACGUUAAAGUGAAGGGUUCCUUUGUAGUAUCCAUGUUCCUCAUCAAACUUAUUCAUGUUUGAUAAUUCUUCACACUACGAUCCACCUGUUUUAUGAAUUUCAAUAGCUAUUGGUGCAUGUAAUGAGUCAAAAGAAUAGUCUCGUCCUGUUAUAGGACAGAAAUCAUGGAAAUAUGAAGGACAAUCUGAUGUUUUGUAAUGUUUUUCAUGUAUAGAAAUUAUGUAGAAGCAGUUUACACCAUGUUCUAAAUUUAAUUGAACAGGGUUACACUUCAUGAAGGUUAGUCGUGAAGAUUAAUCUACUGCAUGUAUGUUUUUGUCAAUGUAUGCCAUACCAUUUUAUCAGUGUUCAGUUAUCCAUUCAUAUUGAGUAUUGUAUGAUUUGCAUAUUGAUUUAUGGUUUUACAAAUCUGACCUACGAUAUUUUGUGAAUUUUGAAAGUUUGUGAAACAAUGUACAGAUUGUAUUUGAACUGAAUUGAUUAUGUAAUAUGUUUAUGGAAAAGAGAUUCAGUUUAUAUUCUGCUAUGGAAAUAAAUAUAUGCAAUGUACAUUUUAAAUAUUUAUAGAUACUACUUUGGUCAUUGCUCCUACAAGCUAUUUCUUGAUAUUUCCAAGGUUGAAAUACACCUUCCUUAUCUCUACAUCUUCACUGGAUACCUGAUGUCACUACACAUACUUACGUGCCGGAUGUUAUUGAAAUGUAUACUUAAUGCCAACAACAUACAUUUAACUGACUACCAGCAACUGCACUGUUAAUCAAUGGCAAACAACUGAAUCCACUCAGUUGUUAGGAUUUUCCAGUAGCACAUGGUUACCAUGUCGGUUCCAAGUUCGUAACUAAAUAUAAAUUAGUUCUGGGCUGCCAGCAAGUUUAAAAAAAGUUGCCACACUAUUCUUUUUGCAGUUGCCUCUAGCUUUUUUUAGUGUAUACAAAGCAAAUGAUUAAUUGUUUUAACUGCACAAAAGCGCAGAAUCGCUCUUUGAAAUCACUAUUGUACAAUGUACUGCAAUCUUCUAUCAAGAUCAGUUAUACUACAGAACCAUAGAAUUUUAGACACAAAAAAAUUCAGCUUAUGUCUGUAGCACGUUCUUCACCCGACCGCUUUUCAUCCACUCUCCCAUACUUGUGUUUUAGUACCGUAAUGAAACCAGU